GAAUUUAAUGCAUUAAAUUGGAGUUUAUACAUUUUCGUUCAUGUCCUCAUCAUCUGUUACCCUUUCUUAUCAGGUGUUUAAUAUUAGCAGAAACUUUGAUAAGUUAUAUUUGUCUACAGAGAUAAGAUAAGGAUUUGACCAAUCACAUUAUAGAUAGGGAAGGGAUAGGUGGUCAUUUUAUAAAGCUUGUUGCAGUUACAGCAGCCAUUUUUGUAUCUCAGAGAUUUAAUUUGAUUUUACUUCUAUUAUAUUUGCUAUUUGGAUUUAUACAUAUACAGUAUUCGUAUGUUUAUUCUCAACUGACACUCGUUCACUAAGUAGAAGUGUUUUCGUUUCCAGUAACACGGAUUUACGUUUUUAAAACAUUCAGAAUCAGCAACAAAGGUACUUUAGUUCAUGCUGCAUUAUCUUGUUGAAAUAGAACACCGUUUUCUCCAGAAUUUGUAACUUUCAUAUUUUCUCGUAAAGACGAUUCUAGUUGCGUGGAUUAUAUUCUGCUUAUUCUAAACCCUACGUUAUCAUGGGACCAAUUCGUAGAUCGGGGACAAGGACAAACGUGCAUUACGAUCCGGAAAUGCCUGAAAAUUGGACACUAGUUAGACUUAGACAAGAACUAAACACAAGAGGGAUAAGAAUUCCUCCAAAUACGAGGAGAAUGGCAUUGGUCAGACUUCUCCGCGAGUCAAGACAAAAUAUUAGAUCCGAUGCGGGGAGAGACAACGAGGGCCACGCUGACACCAUAUUGGGAAGUGCGCGAUCCCAGAAUUCAACUGCCACAGACACAACAACCGACCACGUGCACGAUGCCAUAUUAGGAAGUGCGGCAUCCCAAGAUGCAUCUGCAGAAACAAAUAAUAGAACCCUAAUAAACAUUGUUUCAAGACUGUCAACUACAGUGCAGUCCUUGCAACAUAAUGUAACAACAUUAACUGGCCAAGUUAAUACUCUUAUUUCACAAAGAACAGUGGACGGGCGUGAACAGAGAACAGUGGACGCACGUGAACAGACAACAACAACAACAACGCUAACCGGAAACACGUGGAUCCCUACUUUCGCUUCAUCCGGAAAUCAACUGAGAAGUGAAGAAGUCAAUGCCAAUGGUCUUAACUUCAAUUUGGAGACAGCAUACUCUGCUCUAAGGAGUAAUUCAUUGCCAACGGCUGCAGCAGGCAGCGAGGAACAAGCUAUUAGGAACAACCGUUUUGUUCAAACACCAAGAGGCUAUUCAGCCGAGUCUUUGCCGUUCGUGGAAACAGUUACACCCCAAUUAAGGAGAAACAUAAUAUCAGAUGAGGAAGUUUCGUUCACUACAACCACUGGCAGAUCAAGAACCAACACCUUGCCUGAAGCCAUCCCAGUUAAUGAUGAGUUGAUUCACCAAGUUGAGGAAUUAUGGGAAGCCAGCCUUUGUCAGAGUACAAAGCAAGCUUAUAUGACUGGUGUUAAAUGUUUUCAAAACUUUAUGGUUAUGAAUGGAAAAGACUGUUUUUUAAAUGCAUUGCCAUUUAUAGAUGAGAAUUGUUUAAUUUUCUUUGUUGCCUUUUGUAAAAAUUCAUUAAAACUAGCACAUUCAACUGUUAAAUUGUAUUUAGCAGGUAUAAGACACUACUUUUUAAAACAGGGUCAUUCUGACCCGCUAGCAAAUACGGUUCGUUUGCAGUGCAUUCUAAGAGGUUUAAAAAAGUCUCAGUGUAAUAUACGUCCCAAGCGAAUGCCUAUUACUUCUACAAUUUUAAAAGAGCUAUGUAAAUUGUUGAGGUCAGGGGUAUUUUCUCCAUUGAUUGAUUUAAUGCUAGAAAGCGCAUUUAAUUUAGCUUUUUUUGGAUUCCUCAGAUGUGGAGAAUUUACUUGUCGGAGUAAAGAUUUUUCUAAGGAUAACAUUGUUUCAAUUCAAGAUAUUUCUCUAGAUGGGUCACUAAAAAAUUUAGUUUUCCAUUUACAUUCUUCUAAGUGUGAUCCAUUCAGGCAAGGUGUAAAUAUUACUAUUUUUGAAAACAAUGUUUUUCACCCUGUAGCUACUUUGAGUAAAUAUAUCAAAUUCAGAACUAAUUUAGGAGCUAAGCCUCAGUCACCUUUGUUCGUUAAUGAUGCUUAUGACCAUACUCCCUUAUCAAGGGAUCGUUUUAUUUCUUUGCUGAGAAAUUUACUUUUUAGACUUGGGUAUAAAGAUGAUAAAUUUUGUGGGCAUUCAUUUAGAAUAGGAGCAGCUACAUCUGCAGCUGCUGCAGGAAUAGAAGACCACAUUAUUCAAACUCUAGGCAGAUGGUCAUCUGAUUGUUACAUACAUUAUAUUAGAACCAACCCUAAAACUAUACAUGCAGCUCAAGAUAAAAUGUGUUUUUAA